AUGGUUGCGCAUAUCCAAACUCACUGCAUAGAUUUCGAUGCGUUUGAGGGUCGGGAUGACGAACAAAUGUUCAAGAAAUUCAAGGGUGUAAGAAGGGGAGACACUCUUCGGGUUCCCCAAUUCUGGUCCAUGAUCAUACAGUCACACCUUAUUAUCACCUGCGGACCGAGUGCUCUCCACGAACUCUUCGACGGCAGUGUUGAGUUCAUCUCUGGGGACUACCUUCGUACAGACGGACCCAGUCUAGUUCAGGUCACCGAUUUUUACGGACAAGUCACGUACGUACCGCUCAAGCUGUGCUCAACAUACGUCGCACUACGUCGUAACAUUGAGAGCAAGUGUCUCGAAGACAGCGAAGAAGAUAGUGAAGACUAUGUCAUACAUCUGGGGUCAGAUGGCUCAGUACUGGAGGCAGACCAAUGGCCACACAUCAUGAAAUCCGAACGAUCUGCAAUGAUCGUUUUGCGUCUCAAUCGGAAAAGCACGAGCAGGGAUAUGUCCUUGAUCGAUCGUUCACGUAGUGAACAAGGAAAGAUCGAGUAUGGUGAUCUAAGCUCCGAACAUAACUCAACAGAUGAAGACAAGACUAAAGCACUUAUCCUAAGGCGACAUUUCAACGAUGUCGAACAGAGUCGCCAAUCGAAAUACGUUGGCGCCACCAGUGAACUUUUAGCAAGGCAAGGUUAUGUCGUGAAUGACCCCGACUCGCUCGUGAGUGGCAGCAACCCUAUUACUAGCCCGAAGCCGAUCAUCUUCCGCCGUCCAGAACGUAUGGUAAGACCACCUUUUGCACAAGAUGGCCUUCAUGUUGCCAGGGCCAUUACGUAUGAGAGCGAAAACGCUGUUCAUAUCAGCAGUAGUUCGUAUGCAUCCAUUGUUGACACCAAAGAGCUUGCUGGUGAGGCUCUAUCGUUCGCGGAAAGAGUCAGUAGUACAUCAUUGGUUGGUGAUACAGUCGAGUCGCCGCACAGUUCAAGGGAGUCUCAUGUACCUAACGUCAUCGACAUAGAAGACGAAGAAAAGCUCUCCGGCUCUUUCGAACUUGCGCCUGAUGUCUACGAUACGAAAGGAUACACAGAAAAAGAUGCUCAGGGUUCGUUCUCAUCAUCAUCUCGCUCAAUCAACGAGCGAGAUCAUCCUGAGUCCGAAGAGGAAGAUGCCACGUUAGGAGCGAUACGGAAUGCUAUAUCCGAUUGUGAAGAGGGCAUGGAACCUGGAGUAAAAGCCAAGGCUCGCUUUUCACAAAGUCAACCCAACUUGCACGUUGCCACACAAGAUGCCCCAGGAUCAUUCAAAGGAGACGUAAAAGGGGAAGAGCUCGUUGACUCAGAUCUACGACUACAGGAUCAUACGAACAUAAUACAGGAAGAAAAGAGACAUCUCGGUGUCGAGGAUAAUCCUGGGGACCUAAGGGAUCUCGUGGGAUUGCAAGUCAAAGACCUUAAAGGCCUAAUAAGUGAAGAAGUUGCUGCUGCAUUGAGGCAUAACACUGAUCAAGUCAACCGAGAUGUCCAGAAGCAACUAGAAGUUGAGCUCCGCAAUCGGCUCGCCAAGUCUGGCCUCCUUCCAAACCUUAUCGAAGCCAUCAUCAAACAAGGAACCGACACAGCACCCGGAAGGGAAGAGCGAUCUCUACCUAACUAUACCAGGGUAUCGACUAGUCAACUCGAUAGGGCGACUUUGCUUCACUUCAAUCUGCGAUUCCAGCAUGACAUACUUGAUCCUAACUUCUGGAUCAUCUUCCAACACCUGACAACAGAGGAGUUGCUGCCGAUGAUUGAUCACACACGCGACCGUCGUAUAGAGGCGCAUCUCGAAAGGGAGCGUCAAGAGGGACCGCGCGCUCAAACACAAGAGCGACAAGAGCAGAAUCCGCCGAUGGAUGCUUCUCCGUCCGAACAUCUUACAAGAUUGAAUACCGGUCUUCGUGUGCCACCUUUCCUUGCAUGGCAAACACGAGAGAACCCGUCAGAGCAGGAUAUUGAUGAGAGUACCCAUAUACAGCUUACUCUGUUUGCUAUCGAACAGCAGCUGACUAGGACGCGGACGGAUGCAGCAAGACUACCAAUCGAUCUCACGCAUUCAUUUGUCCACGCGUAUCAAUUAGGUGUACGACUCACCAAUAAGGAGUCUUCCCUCGACGAUGUCUUGACAUCACUAGCGACCUGUUACAGGACCUGUGCCAGAGUCGUUGGAAAUACAACUAAACGCAACGAGCUGACUGUAAUGGACGACACAAAUGGCCUCUCCAAUUCACUCGAAUCAGGUACCGGCAUUACUAACAGUGACAUUACAGCUGAUGUCAGAAAUGAUUCAGAAGCGGAGACCUAUGUCACGGCGAGAAGAGUAACCCAAUGGCAAAUGGCUCUGAUGCACAAACACGCACAACGCGUUUUUCACUCUACUAUGGAAAUCAUAGACCAAUUUGUACCAAGAUACUACGAUCAUCAGCUCUUGCGCAGAUGCUGGGGUGUACUGAGGUUUAUCAUCGAGAUCGUUGGCUAUAUGGGCGUCAAGAAUGUUGUAUAUCAAGAGCUGGAGGAGUCAGAGCCAUCGUCAACUUACGCGAUCCGUGAGAUUCCUCACAAAGAAUACUUGAGGCUUCACAAGCUUACUGAUCUAUCUUCUCCUAUAAAUCAGUGUGACUUCUGCAAGCGCGCAAGGUACUACUCAAGCGCAGAUGAAGCUUUCGAACAUCUGCGGCGCGUUCACGUCAGCGAUACGAAUCAAUCAUCACAUUUUUCUCGAACACAGCUAUCUCACUGGGUUAUGUCAUCUCAGCUAGCUGGUGUGGAGGAGCAAAACGAGCUCAUUGUCGAGUAUCUCAGUGCAAUGGCACUGCGCCUCGAGACGUUGCGAUCCAAAGCAAUUGAUAUCCGCAACAGUGUCGCCAAUGAGAGAAACGAAAAGCCGAGCGAGUAUCUCCUACCGCUAUCGCUUGUAAAAGCGGCAGAGAUGAUUUUGCAGAUGAUCGAUACUUGCGGGUAUAGUGUUGUUGAGUUGCACAAACUCAAUCUGGCCGACGCGAUGCCCAUCAUCUCGUGGAAGGAGGUCAAGACUCACAUGGAUCUGCUUUCAUACUUUGGCUCAGCAGCUUCUACUACACUUUCGUCAGCGCGUAAAGAGCUACUGAUCAUGGCGCAUACUGGCAGCCACCGGGGAGCUGUACAAAACUUCCGCAGUACGCCUGAGGUUACUUUGCUCAUAUGCCUCUUCCAUCUCUGGUCAAGAGCGGUAUUGCACGACUCGUCUGUACCUGACUUGUACCGAGAGCAUCUUUCGAAAAUGCAAUACGAAGCUAGCCGUCGGCCAUCUAAGCUUGCCCUCCGAGAGUUGUACCUCUUGGAAGAGGAAUUCGAGAUGGUAGCCUCUAUCUGCGCUCAACAACGCAGCAUGAUCAGGGAUUUCUACGACAUCAUCGGUCCCUCCACCUAUCGCAUAGCCACCAAAGAAUGUUUCAGAGCCGACAGAGACAUCGUGAUUCCCCUCAUGAACCAAAAUCACAACAAUCCUGUCAACAUGGGAGCAACUUCUACAGGAGUAAGAGAAACACAGGCAUUGUUCGAUAGGACCAAAGAGGUGCUCCGCCACAACGUUGAAGUCUCAGAAGAAAGCAACACGAAAGCCAUCAGAGUAUUUACUCUAGUGACAAUCGUGUUUCUCCCUCUUUCUUUCAUCUCUUCUGUAUUCGGCAUGAACACUACGGAUAUAAGAGACAUGAGCAGCUCGCAAGCUCUCUUUUGGGUCAUUGCCAUUCCUGCCACAACGCUGAUUGGAGGACUCUCUUUGAUGAUCGCAUAUCAUGGAACGUACAUGUGGGCUAAGGUACGCGCGAUGGGCGAUGCUGUGUGGGGAUCAGAGAAGACAUCGCGCGGGCGGCGUGCCUGGAAACGAAAGCCAAAAGACGUGGAAAAGGUAGACGAUGGCGAGAUUGAAGAUACACGGCCUCUGGGACCAGGUCAUCUCCGGAGAAGGAAGACAGUCUUGAACGUCGUUGGGUCGAAGAAGCCAAGGAAGUUCAGGUAA